AUGCGCAUACUUCUGGGCCACUUCGGUCGGCAGAUCUUGCCUGUCCGUUCUUCAUGGGCCACACCUCGAAAUAGAAAAUGUCGUCGACCAGAUUUGUUCUGCCGUUCAGCAGCAUUUUCAAUAAAACCACUUUCACCUGUCGUCGACGCGGUUCCGGAAACAAUUUAUGCUGUAUCCACGGCACCGGGAAGGGCCGCAAUAGCGAUUCUGCGCGUCUCAGGCUCGGCUUGCACACAGGUCUAUAAUGGCCUAUGCCCCAAUUCUCAGCUCCCUAGGCCGCGAUAUGCCGGCCUUCGAACGUUAUACGAACCCAAUCAAUCUCCGUCUACGGAUACCGUACUCGACUCAGGAGCUCUAGUUCUAUACUUUCCGUCGCCAAACACGGUCACGGGAGAAGAUGUUCUCGAAUUUCACGUCCACGGCAGCCCUGCCGUGGUAAAAGCCAUACUGAAUGCUAUACCAAAAAUCGCAAGCAACACAACGGAAGCUGGCUUGCAGCCAUCUAUACGUUAUGCUGAACCAGGAGAGUUUACUCGACGGGCGUUUCUGAACAAUCGCUUGGAUCUUCCGCAAAUUGAGGCUUUAGGGAGUACCUUGGCAGCUGAUACUGAGCAACAACGCCGCUUGGCUAUCAGAGGCACAAGCGAUGCGCUGUCGGAGAGAUACGAAAAUUGGAGACAGCAGCUACUAUACGCACGAGGGGAACUCGAAGCUUUGAUUGACUUCUCGGAGGACCAGCAUUUUGAUGAAUCUGUCGAUGAUUUUUUGGUAUCCGUAACAUCGCAGGUCCGAAGAUUACUAAAGCAUAUCAAGGUGCACAUUGAAAACGCCUCAAAAGGGGAAUUACUGCGAAGUGGAAUUAAGAUCGCUUUGUUGGGUGCACCCAAUGCUGGAAAGAGUUCGCUUCUAAAUCGCAUAGUGGGACGAGAAGCGGCCAUUGUGAGCAGCGAAGAGGGGACUACUCGUGACAUUGUCGAUGUUGGUGUUGAUAUUGGCGGCUGGUUCUGUAAGUUCGGCGACAUGGCGGGAUUGCGCUCUGCGCCAACUGCGCAAGCUGAAGGCGAUUGCGUGACGAUCGGUGAGGUGGAAAAGGAGGGUAUCCGCCGUGCGAAGAGCCGAGCAUUAGAAUCCGACGUAGUUGUUGCUGUAUUGUCCGUUGAAACCUAUGCGCACGGCUCAACGUUGAGGCUUGAAUCGGAGGUGGUCGAGGCGGUUCGGGACUGCUUGCGACUGAAGAAGCAAGUCAUCGUCGCGAUUAAUAAGACUGACAAACUACCCCUGGAGACGCCGCACGACUACACAAACGUUCUGGAGCAGAUCUGUACAACGUUCCCGGGACUCGGCAAAAACCAAAUCUACGCUAUUUCGUGCAAGGAAGCCCAGAACGCGUUGGCCAGCGACGACGAUCCAGGAAAGAUACAGCAGCUACUACGAGGCAUAGUCCAUACGUUUGAAGAGAUGGCCACGCCGACAAGAUCAGAAGAGGAGGAUAAUCAGUAUGAUAUUUCGUAUUACCAGGACUCACUGGGAGUCACACAUCGACAAAGCUCUAAUCUAAAAACAUGUGCGCAACAUCUAGAAGACUUUCUAUCCCAAAUAGUAGCAAUUCCAAACGCCAAUACUGCAAGCGACAACAACAACAAGAUAACCCGAACUCCAGAGGAUGCUGUCGCUAAUAAUCAACCAAUCGAGGACGAAAUCGACAUUGUGGUGGCGGCCGAGCAUCUUCGGUUCGCGGCAGACGCGCUGGCGAAAAUCACGGGUCGCGGUGAAAGUGGUGAUGUGGAGAGUGUUUUAGGAGUGGUGUUCGAGAAGUUGGUCAUCCCCCCCCUUUGCUGCCUAAAUUUCGGUGGUAUGGUCGCUGAUCAAGUUUUGCGCAGGUUCUGCGUAGGGAAAUGA